ACCAAAAUUUUUAUUACCUAAUAAAUCUUGUCCCCCAUUCCCGUCGGAAUCGCCACAUUUCUCGCCGUCGGUCAUCGCCGUCUUCUUCCCCAAAUCCACCGUCGAUUCUUCUACACUCCCCAAAUCCUAAAGGUCCAAACUUUACUGUCUCUUCUGCUUUGGUUUCAGUGAGCAGUGAGAUUCAGAACUGGCUGAGCUUGAUUUGCUCGAGCUUCAAAGUACACGUGGCGAUCUGGGUCUUCUCCAUCUUCUUUGCCGCUCAAAUUUCAAAUCGAAAAUGUGGUUAUGCAUGAGAAUCGGGCUGUUUUCGCGGUUAAGUGCAUUUUCGUGUUAGAUUUGGAUUUUUGGGAUUUUGGUGUUGAAGUGAUCUGAGUUCCUACAUGGAAGUUAACAGAGAGGAGGCUCUUAAGGCGAAAGAGAUCGCUGAGAAGCGAUUUGCUGAGAAGGACUUCAUAGAUGCUGUGAGCUAUGCAAUGAAGGCGAAAUCACUCUAUCCGGACCUGGAGGGCAUAUCUCAAAUGGUUGCGACAUUUGAAGUCUAUGCGGCCACCGAGUACAGAUUCUGUGGUGAAUUAGAUCAUUAUUCAAUUCUUGGGUUGAAGCCUACCUCAAGUAAAGAGGCAGUGAAGAGGCAGUACAAGAAGAUGGCUGUGUUGCUCCACCCUGAUAAGAACAAAUGUGUGGGAGCUGAUGGCGCUUUCAAACUUGUUUCUGAAGCCAUGAGCUUGUUGUCUGACACUACCAAGAGGAGCUUUUAUGAUCUUCAGAGAAACAAGCACUUGGCAACUGCAGUUAAUCAGCCAAAUUACUCUACAGUUCAUACUGGUGGGGUUACAACAUCUCAUGGUAGACUUGACACUUUCUGGACCGUUUGCACUUCUUGCAAGGUCCAGUAUGAGUAUCUCCGGAAGUAUGUGAACAAAAGACUUUCGUGUAAGAACUGUCGAGGUGUUUUCAUUGCUGUGGAAUCUGGGGCAGCCCCAGCAAAUGGCUCCUUCCCCUAUACUCCUAGUCCUUGGCCAUUUGUUCCUAGUAAUGGCCAUUCAAAUCAUGGGAUUACCUAUGUUCCAAACAAUGGUACAUUGUUCCCAACCAAUGGUGCACCCGGAUUUCAUGCUGGACAUGGGUAUGAAUUUGUUUCAAAUGUUUCAUUUCAAUGGAGCGCAUAUUCGGGAACUUCUGCUGGAGUUGUCAGCCCUCACGGGUCAUCAUCAGCUAUAUCCCCUGAUGUUGUUUAUCAGUCUAAUGGAAAAAUUAAGAAAGCUGGAGCAAGACCUAAAUUGAGAGUGAAUGGAAAACGUCCCAUGAAAAGUGCUGUGGUCAAUGUGGAUUUGAAUGUGUCUGCUAGCUAUGAUGAACGCCCCAAAAUCAAGCGCAAUGGGUCUGAGAAAAAAAGGAAACUUGUUGUGGGACAAACUUUUAGAGUUGGGGAUAACGACAGGGUAUCAAAACCUGCUUCAGAAGCAAUCUUAGCAAAUGGAAAUGGCAGCAUUGGGCAUGAUCAGAAAGUUCCUAGUUCAGCAGACGUUCCCAUCAGACGAUGCUCCAUGGCACCAGCCUUCGAUGCUAGGAAGAUGUUGAUAGAGAAGGCAAGAACAGAAAUCUCGAAGAAAUUGGAAGAGAUGAAGGUGGCUUCAGAAGCUGCUGCUGCUACAGUAAAGAACACAAAAAAGCAGGUUGAAGUUGUAGUGGCUGCUGCUUCUCUAAAGAAAACAAAAAGGCAUGUUGAAGUUGAAGUAGCUGCUGCUUCACUAAAGAAAACAAAAAGACGUGUUGAUGUGGGUCAAUCUAAAGGAGCUGCAGUGCAUCAAUUAGAGACAAAGAAAAGUGAGCCACACUUCCCUAGAGACCCUGAGCCCCAAAACAUGCCAGUCCCUGACUCUGACUUCCACAAUUUUGAUGAAGAUAGAUCAGAGGAAUGUUUUAAGCCAAAGCAAAUAUGGGCUUUAUAUGAUGAAGAUGGCAUGCCUAGGUUGUACUGUCUAGUACGUGAAGUGGUCUCAGUCAAACCAUUUAAGUUGCUCAUUACUUACUUGAGCUCUAAAACUGAUAGUGAAUUCGGGCCUGUGAACUGGCUGGAUAGCGGCUUCACCAAGUCUUGUGGAAAUUUCAGAGCUCGUCACCUUGAUGUUGUUGAGCACGUUAACAUUUUCUCUCAUCUUUUGAGCCGCACAAAAGCAGCUAGAGGAGGUAUUGUUCAGAUAUACCCGAAGGGUGGGGAUAUCUGGGCUCUAUAUCGGAAUUGGUCAAAAGAUUGGGACAGUUCAACUCCAGAUGAAGUGAGGCACCAAUAUCAAAUGGUGGAGGUUCUUGAUGAUUACUCUGAAGAGAUUGGUGUUUGUGUCUCACCCCUUGUGAAGUUGGCUGGAUUUAGGUCAGUAUACCGGACUGAUACGGACAGAAGCGCCAUUCUAUGGAUUCCGAGAAGAGAGAUGUUACGCUUUUCUCACCAGGUGCCCGCAUGGUUACUCGACGCAGAAGAGACUAACCUACCUGGUAAGUGUUGGGACCUGGAUCCUGCUGCAACUCCAGAAGGACUACUUAAUGCUGCAACUCCAGAUGAGCAGCUUCAUGCUGCAAUGCCAGAUGAGCUACCUCAAACUGCAACAAGAGACGAGCUACCUCAUGCUGCAACAAGAGAUGAGCUGCUUCAUGCUGUAACUCCAGACGAGCGGAUUCAUGCUGCUGGGGAAGCUGAGGCAUAACCACAACAUACUAAAGCAGGGGAGCAGAAGAUUCGGUUGCUUGGGAGUUCGAUUUUAGCAUUCUUUAGACAAAAUUAGGUUUAACUGUACAAAUAUGUCACACCUGGGUAGCAUUAACCCCAUCUGAUAUGAUUUAUGGGGUGCUAUGUCUGCCCAGCAAAACUUGUGACAAACAAUUUCGAUUCUAGUGACUGUUUGUUUACACCAUUACCCCCCACAGUUAUGACUUGUCCAGGAGAGUUGUAAUACUAUUCAGGAGAGAUUGGAAUAUCAACACUAUUG